CCGCCGACAGCAUUACACACACACACCACCAGCCAAGUCUUUCCUCCACCUCAGGACGCCAUCAUCGCAACUCGACAGACGUGCAAUACCCAACAUGAUUCUUAAGGUGGCCCUCGUGGUUGUGAUGGUGGGCGUGACAGUGGCUCGCCCAGCAGACCUCUACGGAGCCCAGAACACCUACAAGGAGGAGGCUCUACCAUACGACUUCGCUUACGGGGUGAAGGACGACUACGCCGGCACCGACUUCGGGGCAGCAGAGCAGUCGGACGGUAACACUGUCCGUGGCUCUUAUACCGUCGCCCUCCCCGACGGCCGCAAGCAGACGGUGAACUACGAGGCUGACCACGAGAAGGGGUUCGUAGCUGACGUCCAGUACUCCGGUGAUGCCCAGUACCCCCACGAGUACGGCCCCCCCAUCACCUUCAAGCCCAAGAACAACUACCAACCCCAGACCUCCUAUCAGUAGACCUAACACCCUGAUCAGUAGCUCCCAGUCCAUCUAGUAGUAGCCCUAGUCCGCUGAUCAGUAGUCUUAGUUCGCUAGCCAGUUGCCUGUGUGUGUAUGAGGUGAAUCCAACUUAAAGCUUCAGUAUGUACCCGGCUAAAAGUGAUGCGGUGUUCUUACCAUACCUAUGCACCAACCGGUUACAAGAGCAGACCGGUGAUAUGUCGAACUUAGACUUCGAGAAAUCUGAUUCGACUACGACAGGUCAGAAGAGUUCAUCCCCUAGAACACGAAUCCGGCCCCAAAAGUUGAGUCCUACUACAAAAGGUUGAAUACGACUACUUAGGGGCAGAAUCGACUAUGAGGGAUCGGAUUCGACCCCAAGAAUUCGAAGGCCGGUAUCCGGAAGCUCUUGAGUUUGGUUAUAGGAAGUGCCUGUAAAACCCAUUAAAAGUAGAUCAGCUGGCGUCUCCUCUCCUAAGUGUGUUGGGAGAAUUUGUUGACAACUGGUGUUAAAUUUGUUUGAAUUUGGUUCAAUAAAAGGAAUUAUAUAAUCUA